CGAAUGUACAACACAACAAUAGCCGGAUUAAAAGAAAUUGAAAUAUUGUAUAUAGCCAAAUAAUAAACGUGAAAUGAGUAGAGUAACACCAUGAUAACAACAAAACUACGAUAUAAUGAAAAAAAAAACUACUCUGUGUUUACAAACGUUAGCCUAUUCCCGAUCCCAGCACCAAAACUUCCCCGAAGUGAACGACGACAUUAUUGGCCAGUUUCUAAUAUACGGUAUUGAUCGGCGUCCCCCCGAUGUGGAAUGGUUCAGCCCAAGUCCUCCAGACACUAGCCGUUAAGUCGGCUGAUGUUGCCGAACAUCGGUGCAACCUGUUUGAAUCUCGGCUUCAAAGAUACUUUAAAUUCGCCAGGAGCGCGAACGUUAGGAAUGAAAGGUUUGCCGAUCUAUCCGGGAAGGAGCUCUCUUCCUCGCCGCUCUUCUUCAGGAAAGACAGUGUUUACUUGCUGAUUGGUUGGAACACAAUUUACUGGCUCUAUCGUCCGGGCCUGUGGCCAAGUCGCCUUGCUUUUGGAGGAAGUGGCCAGCACUCAUUGCAGGCAGCAGGCAGGGUCUAUAGUGCGAGUGAGCUUGCCUCUGGACUCAACCGUGUGCUCCUGGUAUCUAUAAUUCAUCGCCGCCGAAAGCAAAGCGGAUAAACGUGGUGCGUUUGUCUAUAACGGGGGGAUCGCAGAGCGCCAGGCUCGAGUCAUUUCACACGCGCCGGGUGCCGUAUCCCGACUGUGGGCGAGGCGGCGGUUAGAAUGUGCAAUGUGAGAGCUCUGGAGCCGCUGUCUGUCCAUGUAAAUCAGAUGUAAAAGAUUCCCUGGCAGCAGAGGAUGCACGCACGAUCUACCACUGCACGACGCUUCGCCGAGAGACAUGGGAAGUACUGCGCACCAGCCUACGCCUAGGAUUUAGCCGCGAUCCGCCAUGGAAAUCGUCUCGCUCGUGUGGCGGUGGUGUGUUACGGUGCUGGCGCUGGCGAGGCUGUCCCAGGGAUCACACGUCGUCAGGGACACGGCGUACGGCAAGGUGCGCGGGAACGUGACGACCACGUCCGGCGGGAAGCAGGUCCAGGUGUUCCUAGGGGUGCCGUACGCGAGAGGGCCGGUGGGGGACCGUCGAUUCAAACCCCCCGAGAGGCCAGAGACAUCCUACACGGUGCGCAAUGCAUACAAGCCCGGUCCGGCCUGUCCCCAGCCCGCCAACCCCGCCACCGACACCGUGGGAGACAGCGAGGACUGCCUCUAUCUCAACAUCUAUGUCCCGCAUAAGAGCUCGUCUCGGUCCACGUCUUACCCGGUGGUCGUGUUUGUGCACGGCGGAGACUUCAUGUUCGGGACGGGCUCGGCUUACGACGGGAGUCUGCUGGCAGCAACACAGAACAUCGUGGUGGUCACCAUCAACUACAGACUGGGGGUGUUAGGUUUCCUGAGCGCAGGCGACCCCGGUCUCCUGGGUAACUACGGCAUCCGUGACCAGAUGAUGGCGCUCCAGUGGGUGAAGACGAACAUCGGCUACUUCGGUGGGUCAGGCUCUGACGUCACACUGUUCGGACACCAGACUGGAGCAGACUGCGCCGCCAUAUUGUUGCUGUCUCCUAUGGCUAAAGGUCUGUUCAAACGAGUGAUCCUGUCGGGCAGCUCGCCCCUGAGACCCCUCCUGCUGCGCUCGACAGAAGACAUGAGGAAGGAGAGUUACCAGCUCGCCGUGACCUUUAACUGUGGUGGUUACGACAACGCCGCAGGCAUCGCAGACUGUCUCAGGAAGCUCAAGUAUCAGGUGUUUCUGCAGAGGGAGGCUGAUGGGGACGUGCCCGGGUCCACGCUAACCCCUGUGUUAGACAACCAGGUGGUGCCGGCGUUCCCUGACCAGAUGCUGCGGCGGAUGCAGGUGAACGGCGAGGCGUGUCUGUUGGGCUUCACCGGCCGGGAAUGGUCACCGAGGGCUGAUCCAGGCAGCGGACCUGUCGCCAUGGACGGCGGGAUGAGCGACAAGGACUUCCACCACCACAUGGACGUCUUCCUGAAGGACCUCAGUCCGUACGCACCGCCGGAGCUAGCCUCCCUAGUCACUUAUCAGUACACCAACUGGUCUCAGGCUGGCGACAGGUUCACAACAACAGACAACUACAUACAGGCCAUUAGUGACGCGCUCUUCGUGGCGCCUGCAGUAUUCUCCGCUGAGCGCAUGACGGCGCUGGAUCUCCCCUCCUACGUGUACCAGUACAGAUAUCCUACUACCUAUGGCGACAGAAGAACGUCCAUGAAAGAUGACGUCUUCCUCGUCUUCUCCCCUGCCUCUACUGGGGGUCAACUGACACAGAGGGAGCAGAUUCUCCGGCUGAGACUUGCCGAUUUAUUCGGGAGCUUCAUCAGAAAAGGGGUGCCGAAAUGGCAGUCUCGGCCCAUGAAUACAUUUACUGCAGGGAGGCAGGACUACUUGAAGAUAGGCAGAGGGGAGGCUGAAAUGGACAGAUAUCCUCGCAGAAGACAAGUGACCUUCUGGAACGAAGUGUUUCCUUCCUUACUGCGCGUCGUGGAUAAGACUCGGCGGGCUCCCAGGCCGACCAAGCCGACCAAAGCGUCGCGGCCGACCGAGGAGGCCCCCGACAUCACCUGGACCACAAAGGGGAUCAUCAUAGGUAUCAUGGUCGUCGGGAUCUUCCUGCCCGUCAUGACGGCGUUCUUCGUCAUGUAUGUGGCCGACUUCAAGCAGCAGCGGCGGAACAGGAAGCUGCUGUAUCAAAUGUCCGAUGAGCACAGGUACGCGCCGCCGCCCACAAUACAGGUGAAUGAUAAACCGUACCAUCUCCAGCUGUCCGAGGACGUCUGAUGGGCCGGCCGCAAAACGGCAUCCAACUCCAUCAACUAUACUCACGCGUUUACGACAGUUACGAGCUUGCCCCGAGUGACGUGGACAUGUCGCUAAGCCAGUGGAUUUGUGCAGUGGUGUGAGUCUGUAGUUGUAGCCAGUGAUGAGUAUGCAGGCUCAUGCGGAAAAGAACACGUCUUUUGAGAACUUGGAUCUGAUGACUGGAGGGAAACGAGGUUGUGUUGAAAGUACACUCACGACAUUUGGCACGGUUUGAUCAUUCAUAGGCCUCCGUGGCUGAAGGAACUCAGGGCAGGAAAGACGCACAUUUCGAGAGGCAUUUGAUGAGAAUCAAAGAGCACCAAAGACUUGGAACAAAGGGAACAUGUACAGUUGAUUGGUCUGUUGUAGUUUUAUUGUGUCCCUCAGCAGUAGCAGCCGAUAUCUAUCUGUCAAGUCUGCUUGUGUAGCAGGCAUUAUGUAUGCACAGGACACUUAUUCUUCGUUUGUGAAAGGCAAGUCUGUUUCUUUUAGUUGACAGCUUUUCAAUACUAUAAUCAGAAAAGAUGCGAACUUGCCUUUCAAUUCUGCCAAAUUGAAUCAUGUACCAAAAUGUUCUCUGUGCUAAAAAGUACCCAGUAUUGAUUGGCCAAAGUUUCAUUUCUGUCUGGAGCCCUCCCUGUUCCCAGACUUAUGACGUGCUUAGUGAUUCCCUCAGCAGCGAUGAUGGCGGGUGACGGAUCAGAGGGAAGCCUGCUGACAGGGAGCUCAUCUGUACAGGCCAUGAUGAGACCGUCACCCGUCCUAACCCGGCUGAUACUGGCCCCCCUUGAGGCUCUGAGUGAUGACAGGGCUGCAGUAGAUUCUGGUCUUCUGCAGUCCCAGUAGACAGUAGAUUGCCGGCACCUUGCCAGCUACAUUUGUACACUGUUACGUAGAGACAGAAGUUAUCAGUGAUGUAUCUAUACACCCGAUUCUGUACAGACGUCUUACACACGGACGGUUGAAGGGACGAUUGAGCUGCCAUCACUUUGUCUGUAUAUGACUGCUUCACAAUACAACUUAGUUGGAAUUACGAA